AUGGAUGAAGGAUUAAAUUCAACAUAUAUAACUGUUAGUGGAUAUGUAGACAUUGACAAAUACAGAUAUGUUUAUUUUAUUUUUAUUUUUACAGCUUAUAUUUUGAUAAUCUGCUGUAAUACAACCAUUGUAUGGCUAAUUGUGAUUCACCCAAACCUCCAUGAGCCUAUGUACAUUUUCAUUGCAGCUUUGUUAAUCAACUCUGUUCUUUACAGCACGACUAUCUACCCAAAGCUUCUGAUUGACUUUCUGUCUGACAAACAGAUCAUAACAUAUUCAGCCUGUCUCUUUCAGUUCUUUUUAUUUUACACUUUAGGUGGUGCAGAGUUCUUACUGUUGGCAGCUAUGGCCUAUGACAGGUAUGUGUCUAUAUGUAAACCUCUGCAAUAUCCAACCAUCAUGAGGACAACAAACAUCAGUAUUUUCCUGGUUCUGGCCUGGCUCGUACCUGCCUGUCAGGUGGCAGCAUCAGCUGCGUGGAGCUCUAAGAUCAAACUCUGUAACUUUACGUUGAAAGGAAUCUUUUGUAACAACUCAGUUUACAAACUUCACUGUGUGAGCUCAAGAGCACUCUCUGUGUACGGUGUGAUUAUUUUGCUCAAUAUUGUCUUUUUUCCUUUGCUCUACAUAGUUUUCACGUACACAAAUAUUCUCAUAAUAUCUUACAGAAGUUGUAGAGAAGUCAGGAGAAAAGCUGCAGAGACGUGUUUACCUCACCUGCUGGUUUUAAUCAACUUUUCAUUGUUGUGUAUGUAUGAUAUAACUAUACUGAGACUGGAAUCAGAUGUUCCAAAAACAGCUCGUUUAAUUAUGACGUUACAGCUGAUUUUGUAUCAUCCUCUCUUUAAUCCGAUCAUAUACGGACUGAAAAUGAAAGAAAUCUCUAAACACCUGAAGAAGUUGUUGAGUCUAAUCUGUUCUGUCAACACGAACAAAUAA